CGAGGCCGCCGCAAGCGCCUGGCCGCAGCGCGGGGAGCCCGGGGGCCCGGAGGCCGCCGCCAUGCCGCUGCUCUUCCUCGAGCGCUUCCCCUGGCCCAGCCUCCGCACCUACACGGGCCUCAGCGGCCUGGCCCUGCUCGGCACCAUCGUCAGCGCCUACCGCGCCCUCAGCCGGCCCGACGCGGAGCCCGGCGAGCCCGAGCCGCCAACGGCCCAGCUCCAGCCCGGCGCGCCCGCCCCGCCGGCCGCCGGGGGCCCCGGGGCCCGCGACGUGGCCCAGUACCUGCUCUCCGACAGCCUCUUCGUGUGGGUUCUGGUAAAUACUGCUUGCUGUGUUUUGAUGUUGGUGGCUAAGCUCAUCCAGUGUAUUGUGUUUGGCCCUCUUCGAGUGAGUGAGAGACAGCACCUCAAAGACAAGUUUUGGAAUUUUAUUUUCUACAAGUUCAUUUUCAUUUUUGGUGUGCUGAAUGUCCAGACUGUGGAAGAGGUAGUGAUGUGGUGCCUCUGGUUUGCUGGUCUGGUUUUCCUUCAUCUGAUGGUUCAGCUCUGCAAGGACCGAUUUGAAUAUCUUUCCUUUUCUCCCACCACACCAAUGAGCAGCCAUGGGCGUGUCCUGUCUCUGUUGAUUGCCAUGCUGCUUUCCUGCUGUGGACUGGCGGUUGUCUGCUGUGUCACGGGCUACACCCAUGGCAUGCACACCCUGGCUUUCAUGGCUGCAGAGUCUCUUCUCGUGACAGUCAGGACAGCUCACGUGAUUUUAAGAUAUGUAAUUCACCUCUGGGACCUCAACCAUGAAGGGACCUGGGAAGGAAAGGGGACCUGUGUCUAUUAUACCGAUUUUGUUAUGGAGCUCACUCUCUUGUCCCUGGAUCUCAUGCACCACAUUCACAUGUUGUUAUUUGGCAACAUCUGGUUAUCCAUGGCCAGCCUGGUCAUCUUCAUGCAGCUGCGUUAUCUGUUCCAUGAAGUACAGCGUCGAAUCCGUCGGCACAAGAACUAUUUGCGUGUGGUGGGAAACAUGGAAGCCAGGUUUGCGGUUGCAACUCCAGAGGAGCUAGCGGUCAAUAACGACGACUGUGCAAUUUGCUGGGACUCCAUGCAGGCUGCAAGGAAGCUGCCCUGUGGCCAUCUUUUUCACAACUCCUGUCUUCGGUCUUGGCUAGAACAAGACACCUCCUGUCCAACAUGCAGAAUGUCUCUUAACAUUGCGGACAACAACCGUGCCAGGGAAGACAACCAAGGAGAGAACCUGGAUGAGAAUUUGGUUCCUGUGGCAGCUGCGGAAGGCAGACCUCGCCUAAACCAGCACAAUCACUUCUUCCACUUCGAUGGGUCCCGGAUUGCAAGCUGGCUGCCGAGCUUUUCAGUGGAAGUGAUGCACACUACAAACAUUCUUGGCAUCACACAGGCAAGCAACUCCCAGCUUAAUGCCAUGGCUCAUCAGAUUCAGGAGAUGUUCCCCCAGGUUCCGUACCACCUCGUGCUGCAGGACCUCCAGCUUACACGCUCUGUCGAAAUAACAACAGACAACAUCUUAGAAGGACGGAUUCAAGUACCUUUUCCCACACAGCGGUCAGAUAGCAUUAGACCUGCACUGAACAGCACAGUGGAAAGGCCCAGCACUGACCAGGAGGCGGGAGAAGCCUCUGCGCAGACCGAACGUGUGCCACUGGACCUCAGCCCUCGUCUGGAGGAGACCUUGGACUUCAGCGAGGUGGAAGUGGAGCCCAAUGAGGUGGAGGACUUUGAGGCUCGGGGCAGCCGUUUCUCCAAAUCUGCCGAUGAGAGACAGCGCAUGUUAGUGCAGCGUAAGGACGACCUGCUGCAGCAGGCGCGGAAGCGAUUCUUGAACAAGACCUCUGAAGAUGACUCAGCCUCUGAGAGCCUCCUUCCUUCAGAGGGCACGUCCUCCGACCCUGUGACCCUGCGCCGGAGGAUGCUGGCUGCCGCUGCUGAACGGAGACUUCAGAAGCAGCAGACCUCCUAGCGUCCCUCCCUUCUCAGCUGCCUCCUCCCGAGCCCAGGGCCAGACCAGAAGAGGCUGGCCUGGGUUCCACCUGCCCUAGACUCGGGCUCGACUGCAUUGCCGCUGUAUAAAGCAUGUGGUCUUAAUAGUGUUUGGACAGCUGACAAGUAAUCCUCCUUUGUAAUACUUUCUAUGUGACGUUUCUCUUCCCUUAGAAACACUGCACAUUUUAACUCUAGGCAUGACCUCUUCUGGCCUUGACUGGACUUCAUGGGGGCGGGGCACAGGGGAGGGCAAGUGGUCGACCACCGCCCUCAGCAGCACCUUCCAUUACUGCCUUGUCCUAACUCACGGCUGAUGCUGGCACCUUGGCAUCUCAGGAAGUGUGUGUGUGCCCGACAGCAGUGACGAGGGGCACGGGAUCCCACCGCCUCCCCCCAGGACACCAUCGGCAGCCAAAUGCUCUCCUUUGUGAGCAAGCAUCAGAAUGUUCCAGAGGCCAGACCUGCAGGUUCCUGAACCUCAGAGUCAGCAGGGCAUCUUCUAUAAAGAAUUUCUGGUUUGCUCCUGGAGCUGAAGGAGCGGGGACUUCAGAGUGAGAGAUCGUUUUCCAUCCUGACAUUGGACUAACCGAGCCCCACCUGCAGCUGGGUUUGCUUCAGUUCACGCUGGUGCUCCAGCAUUGCACAUGCUCCCCCAGGGGUCUCCUCCUCUCCUCCCGGCUUUCUUCCCGCCCCCUGUGAAUAUGAGAAGAGGUUAAGCAGCAAACUUUGGUUGUGGUUUUAAUUCAUUGGUAAACUAAAAGAGGCAGCGCCAAAGCCUGUGGGUUUGGUCCUUGGAGAAGAUGUGGGCCUUGUGAGAGGGCAGAGUACGUUUCGGAGGGCGCUGUUGGGGAAACAAGGUUCCUUGUUCUGCCCUGGAGCUUUUUCCUGCAGGUUCGAUUAGACAUAGAAAAACAAGGUGUGGAACCACAUGCAGUGAGCAGACUAGAUCCCAUCUCUCCAGUUCUUCGCAGUUAACUUCAAGGGUUUGAGCCACAGUCCGAGGUCACACAGUCAGUUUUAUGUCCCAUUGGAUUUUUUUUUUUUAAUGUUUGAAAGCAAGUUUUAUGGUAGUCUUUUUGGGAAGAAUCCAGUAUUACCUAAAAUGAUUGGCAAAGUAAAAUGUAUUUUAAAUAACUGGAAGAUUUUAGGAUUUUGACAAUUGAGAAAAAGGAUGAUAGGUAAAUAUGUAGGCAGAGAUAAUUUAUUUCAAUAAAUCUUUCAAAAGCCUUA